AUGGCGGAGCCUCCCGUCGUGUAUGCUGAUGACUGUGAGCUGCCGGCCUUCCGUCACGGUCCUGGCCUUAUCAAUGUCAAGUCUUGGGCUGCAGCCCCUCGGCACCGGCAGGUCUACGCGGUGGAUAGUAGUGGGGGUUUCUUCUGUGUUGAUCCCUCCAGGUUGGCUAAGGCUCUACAGCCUGGGCCUUCUGAUGAUGAUCUCCUCGAGCUCGACUCUCGAGUACCAGCGGAGAUCCGUCUGCUGGAGGGAGGGCAUGUAGUGGCUUUGGCCGUCAACCCUCGGCAAACGCGGCUAGCCGUGGCAGCGGGCGGUGGGAGUCUCUCUAUCUUCAACCUCCCCCUCGUGGCGGCUGCAGAGCCGUCACCUGUGGACUUGAAGAUAGGCUCUGAAUUAGCCAGUAUGGCAUGGGGCGAUGAGGAUACUCUGUUGGUGGCGGCUUAUCAGACUGUAUUAAGCUGUAGGAUUGUAGGAGGGAAAGUCUCUGUAGUGGGUAAGGUGACUGAUCUUUUAUCGGCCACUGCUGCUUGUCCUAUUGCUCCUACCACUGUGGCUAUAGCUGACACUUUAGGGGAGCCUGAGAGGGUUCGUCUAUGGGAUACUAGGACCAAUUCGGUCACGUCUUCGGUGAUCGAGGGGCUCAGUGAGGUCUUCAGUGGUGAUGAGAUGCUCUCCGACUCUCCUCCAUGGGUGGUUCAUUGCGUUUGUAGUCUCCGUGGAAGGCAGUUCGCAGCAGUAAUUGGUCCCGCUGCUGGUGCCCAAGGGAUAGGCUAUAGUGCAGUUGCUAUUGUGGAAGCUCAGGAUGAUGGGCGGCGCUUGGUGACGAAGACAGUGGUCAUGGACCCGUACUUUGUUGAGUCUGAAUGUGUCCCAGACCGACCGGCUGGGUGGACCUACUUCUUACCAUCCAGAGGUCUCCUUUUCUGUGGGCAUGCGUGCUCUGGUCAAGUAGCUGUACUCGAGGAGCCCCACGAUGGAGAGGACGAGUGGGCCUGUUGGGUAGGCCCCGAGGGGCGGCAGCUAGGAUGUGCCGUACAAGCUGAGACCAACCUCUGUCUAGGAGGUCCCCCAAUAGUUGUGGAAAUGGACAGGCCUGUAUCUCUUCCAGUGACGGAAGGGGCUGUGGACCAAGUGGAGGUGUACCGUAUGGUCCUCUUACCGCAUUCGGACGGGAAGACUAGUAGUGUGCACUACAUGGAAGACAGACCCGGAGUGGACAUACCACAACUCGAUCGAGACCACGGCGAGGCGCCACUGCAUCUGGAGUUCGGCGAAGUCGGUGCAGAGGCUGGAUCAGAACCGACUCUGAAUGGGGCAACAGGCGUUAAGGCAGAGACUACAGCAAACCACGACUCGGACGCCGCGGUCAGUCCGGAGAAGGAGACGCGUUCGCCCUUUGGAGUGUUUGGUGAUGGUGGUAAGACCACGACUGGUUUUGGUGCCUUCUCUUCUCCGUCACCCUUUGGGGCCGGGCUUGGAUCCUCGAGUAGUGGAGGCUUCGGUGCUUUCGGUACAUCUGCUUCUUCUAGUCCAUUCGGGACUGGCUCGGCCGUUGAAGGAGCUUCGACGUUCGGAGGGGCGCUCACGUCCAAUGCAGUACAGUCGGGUUCGUUUACAGGGUUCGGCGCGUUCAGCACUCCGGUUAAAACUACGGGUCCAUUCAGUGCUAAGGGCAGUGGUGAUAAAGCGGGCACGGGGAGCAUCUUCAAGGACAUUGCGAAGACAGCAGAUGUGACUGUAUCGGGCAGUAGUAGUGGGAAGGAGAAAGUGGAUAAGAAGGAGAAGUCGCCACAGCAGGCGCUGAGUGGGAGUAGAUCACCUAACGACACGUCAGGUGUUGAAGCCGAGAGCCCAGGGCCACGGGGCUCCGACUCGGUGGCGGUUAGUCCUGUGAAGGGGACUGCAUCGCCCUUUGGGGUGUUUGGUGGUGGUAAGGCUACGACCGGAUUUGGUUCCUUCUCUUCAUCUUCUGGGACCGGGUUUGGUGGCGGCUUCGGUGCGUUCGACACGCCUGCUUCCUCUAGUCCGUUUGGAACUGGUUCGGUGGGCCAAGGGUUCUCGGCCUUUGGAGGGACGGUCACUUCCAAUGCAGUACAGUCGGGUUCGUCUGCAGGGUUUGGCGCAUUCAGCACUCCGGUUAAAACUACGGGUCCAUUCAGUGCUAAGGGCAGUGGUGAUACAGCGGGCACGGGGAGCAUCUUCAAGGACAUCGCGAAGGCACCAGAUGUGAAUAUAUCGGACAGUAGUAGUGGAAAGGAGGAAGAGCAUGAAAGGAAGAAGGGGAAGUCACCGCAGCGGACGCUGAGUGGAAGUGUAUCACCACGCAGGAAAAGUAGUAGUGGUGGCGGUCUCAAGUUGGGCCUGUCCCCGAGGAAGGUUGAGAAGGCAGCGUCGAGCCAAGAGACGGUCGAUCGUAGUGACGAUGAAGAUAUCCAAGACAACUUUGCCGCGGGUUUGGCACAGGCAUUAGGCGAUUUCAGCCUGGGGAAAGCCGAUGUUGGGGAUGCCAGAAGGGAGGAGAAGGUAGUGGAAAUUGCUACUAAGACAGGCGUUGUUGAAGAAGAGAAGGAUGAUGCAAUAACGACAGAGGAGGCUGGCCAACAUGAAGAUGCCUCAACACCUAAGCUUAGCAGUCCUACUCACAAAACAGAAGAGGAUACGCAUGAGGAUACUGAUGAAAAACCCGAAGACGGCGAAGUUGCCUCUACGACGGUUGUGAGUUCGCCGUUGAGGUCGGGGUUGGUCCGGGAGGAGAAGACCCCCCAAUCUGGUGGGAGUAUAUUCGAUGCUAUUCCUAAGGCGACUCCGUUGGUACUGAGUGAUAGCAGUAGUAGUGAGAGUAGUGAUGACGACGAUGAGCCAUCUGACUCUGAGGGGGAGGGUAUGAGGAAGGAGUCCAAGGCACGAGAGGCUAUCAGGGCCAAGCUUGCUGCUAGGAAGGCGGCUGGUGGUUUGAAGAAGGAAAGUAGAGGAGAGGCAGGGGUGAAAAAAGGCAAGCCUUGGGUGAAGUUAGCGAUAGGAGAGGAGGAAGGAGAGGGUGUAGUAGAUGGAGGGAAGUAUGAGGGGAAUGCAUGGGAGGGAGAGGUGAGAGAUGAGGAAGAGGUAGACGAGGAGGAGGAGGAAGGAGAGGAAGUGGAGGUAGAGGACGAGGAGGUAGAGAAAGAGGAGGAGGAGGAAGAGGAAGAGGAGGAGGAAGAGGAAGAGGAAGAGGAAGAGGAAGAGGAAGAGGAAGAGGAAGAGGAAGAGGAAGAGGAAGAGGAAGAGGAAGAGGAAGAGGAAGAGGAAGAGGAAGAGGAAGAGGAAGAGGAAGAGGAAGAGGAAGAGGAAGAGGAGGAGGAAGAGGAAGAGGAGGAGGAAGGGGAAGAGGAGGAGGUAGAGGAGGAGGAGGAAGGGGAAGAGGAGGAAGAGGAAGCGGAGGAAGAGGAGGUGGUAGAGCAGAAAGAAGAACAGGAAGAAGAAAAGGAAGGAGGAAAGAGCGGACGUAAUGCUUACCUCGCUGUCUAA